AUGCCACCCAAAGCAAAACGAUCAAAAUCUCCCGACUCCCAGUUUCUGUUCGUCAAUGAAGAUGCCUCGACCGUUACCCGGACCACCAAAGAUGCUGAAUUGGACAGAACAAAGCAGAGUCAUGUACAGCGUCAAAAUUUUGCUCGAAAACGUCGUUUGCGCGAACAGUCAGAAUCUGCCCCGCUGCAGACCAGCAGCCAGAGUUCCGUGUCUCCCAGUCCUGUAGCAGUGGCUGGUCCAUCGACCUCUACAUCUCAGAAAGGCCACUUUCAGGGCGCAAGUUACUUCGACAUCAUACAGAACAUCGACCUUGAAGACCCGCUGUUCCAAUCAACAAGCCCUCCGUCCAUUUCACAGAGUUCCCUUGACCCUCAACUCUCGGCAUUGUUCUCCGACCCUUUCGCUUCUACGCCUGCGUCGCCUCCUAUACCUUCACAGCAAGCCAAUGUUUUUGGUGCCGCUCACCCUUACCGUCCGGGGCAUUACUUUGAUACGUCCUCUCCGAGCUAUAGUCUACCUCCUGCAAGAAGCACGGCCAGUGUGAUCAGUUCAUCAAUAUCGCUGGGCGGAAUUUCCAGCCCGCCGACCAACAUCCACCGCGCCUUGGAACAAUGGGCACCGCCUCUAAUCAAGCAUCACAACACGAUUAUACUACCAGAAAAGUUCUGGAAAGACACCCAAAAGGUACCUAUGGGCCAAUUCCGUCAUGCCGCCUUGAUCCAUGCAGACAUGCAGGCUUGCAUGACAGAACCGGCGCACAUGUAUGCAUUUCUUGCCUCUGCGGCAGCUCAGAUGAUUGCUCGAGAAGGUAGACUGUUGUUACCGAACGUCUCAGAGGAAGAUACUCAUCGAGUUCCUAUGUUCUUCAAGACCAAAGCCGUGCAGGCCCUUCAGGCUAAACUUGCCAAUGGACAAUUGGAUCAUCAUACGGCUGUGGACCUUCAUCGGCUCUACGCUGCAGGAAUAUAUUCUGACGAUUACGAGGCGGCCGAACCACAUUUCCAAGCUUUGCUCUCCAUGGUCGAUGCUCUGGGGGGGCUGAGUACCUUCGACGACUAUCAACUGGAGAAGCUGUUCAUGUUGGAUUGUAUCGCAGCGCUGAAGCGGCUGGGGGUCCCCCGUCUUGUUGUGACUUUAGAUCCUGGGCCUCUACCUGAGGAGAUACUGUUAAGCAUCGAAUCUCAAAGCCGACAUCAUUUUCAACCGGGAUCACUGUUAGAGAUCUUGGUGGAUACUUUCAAUCAAAGUCAAAUAUUGACUGAGAGCUUCACGGAUCUUAUUCAAGUGCUGAGAAUGUCAGCCUUCUUAGCUACCUCCCCUCGCUACGUGCAUGAGUAUUACAAGUGGUUCAGUUGGCGGAGUCUGAUCAUUUUACACAGACUUCUAUCUAUGCCUCUACAUUAUGAGAUGGACGACAAGACUGACAGCGUUAGGAUUGUCACUGCCUUUUGGACUGCGCUUCUGCGCUCGCCACCCCUGGGCCGACGAGCAGCGUCAACUUCUGCCACAUCUCUACGGGGGAAGCUCGAAAACACAGACCUCAGGCUCUUGUGGCAGCCCCGCACCGACUGUCUACUCUGGAUGGCCGUUUUCGGAGGCGUCUGUUGUGCCAAAAGAGAGGACCUGGAGUGGUUCGUGCAUCUCGCGAGGACUGCGGCAACUGAAAUAGGUGUUGGAAACGUGAGGGAACUGGAAGACUUGUUGAUGGGGCUUCUCUAUGAUCCUCAUUCGCAACGGGAGCUGGUGGUCCAGUUCGCUGGUCGGAUUUGGCCAAGAAGAGAUCAAUAA